ACAUCACCAGCAGCUCACGCUGCGGAGCCGGGCUCACGUGCACCUUUGACUUAACUUGGUUUACUGUAAUGUAGUGAGUAUUAUUAACACACGUCGAAGUUGUGUUACGUGCAGUGAUAGUGUGUUUGUGAGCAGUAGCAGCAUUCUUCUUCCUAGGAGGGAGAAUGGCAGGCCUGUGGAGAUCUUACCAAGUCUUGAUGACCAAAUACCCCUGGACAGUCCAGUUGGUGACCGCUGGGUCUCUGGUGGGUGUCGGUGAUGUCAUCUCCCAACAGCUGAUCGAGAGAAGAGGAUUGGCUCAUCACAACGUGCGGCGCACGGCCAAGAUGAUGAGCAUUGGCUUUUUUUUUGUGGGUCCAGUGAUCGGCAGCUGGUACAAAGUUUUGGACCGCCUGGUGGUUGGAGGAACAAAGAGUGUCGCCAUGAAGAAAAUGCUGGUUGACCAGUUGUGCUUCGCCCCGUGUUUCCUGGGAGCUUUCCUCUGCAUCUCCGGUGCUCUGAACGGACUGACUGUGGAGGAGAACGUCACCAAGCUCAAGAGGGACUACACAGAUGCCCUGAUCUCGAAUUACUACCUUUGGCCUCCAGUCCAGAUCGCCAAUUUCUACUUCAUUCCACUCCACUACAGGUUGGCCGUCGUCCAGGUUGUUGCUGUUACUUGGAACUCCUACCUGACCUGGAAGGCCAAUAAGAUGUGAGCAAUCAUCGCAAGUCCGGCCUGUCUUCUUGAUGAUGAUGAUGAUGAUGAUGAUUUUACACUCUUGUAGUGUUUGUGUGCGAUACGGACCAUUCUGGUCUAACUUACUUCGUCUGAUAUUUGCAAUGUGUAAACUGUGUAUGACUCACCUAUAAAGGUCGGGAGAAAGUGCAUGUCUACUCUGAAUGACAAAUUCACACUUGAAAGUCAAACUGGCAUUUGCAUACAUGUCUGUGAAAGUUUGUUAUUUAUGGAAAUAGGAUUUGGCAAUAGUGUGGCCACACAUACGCAUGGACACACACACACACACCCACUGGUUGCGGAGGAAACUUUUCUUAUCCACUUAAUGUUUUAUUCACCACUUGAAAUAAUGGUGUUUGUUCCAGGUUAAUGGUCUGAUAAUAAAGGAUGUUUUUACUUCAGAUUAAUCUCAUAAUGUUGAUUUUCAUCUGAUUUGUCUCUUUCAUACUGAUUUUAAGUAUGUUCCACAAUUUGUAAUAAUGUAUUGUUAUUGACAAACUUAGUUUGCUCCUUUUUGUCUUCCCCUGCCUCGACUGUUUUCCUCCAUUUUCCACUUAACAUUCUCCAGGAAAAGGAACGCGACCUGUCCUCGUGUUUCAAUGUACAGGAAGUGAGCAAAGUUGUUUGUGUAGAGGCUUCUGUAAGUGAAAAAAUAAAUAAAAUCAUGGCUCUGGAAA